CGGACACAAUUACUUCAAACACCCUUCAAGAUUUUUCGCAAAGAAAAAAGCUUAUGGAAAGAGACAUAUGAUAGAAGCAUGCGUUAUCUCUCUAAAUCUAUCUUCUCUGUAAAAUCUCUGAUUUCAAGAAAACCCUACUUCUCCACCAUGUCAAUAAACCUCAAAGCUCCAGUCUUUGCUGGAAACCCGAUAAGAUCCAAAACCCCCAAACCAACCGACCCAUUUUCACCCACAUCAGCCUUUCAAACCCUAAAGACUCUUCUUUCAGGACAAACCCAUAUCCAAGAACCAUCUUCCCCUAAAUUCAAAGUCCUCCCUUUCAGAAAGGGUCGACCUUUAGCCGGAUCAACCGGCGAUUCGAUCAAAAAAUGGCAUCUGGGGUGGUUAAAUUUUGUCGAUUUCAAGUUUGUUUUAGAAGAUAGCGGCCUGAAAUUGAGCGAUGAUUUGUUGGUGUAUUUAGGUUACGAUAGUAAAGAAGAAAAAGAACACGAUAGUGUCGUCUAUUGGGCGAUUGAUGUUUCCGAAUCGAUUAGUUUGGUGGAGAAAUUGGGGAAUCGACAGUUUUGCUUCGUGGAAUUGAGAACAUUAAUGGUGGCUACCGAUUGGGCAGAUGAUUCCGCCAUGGGCGAGCUUGCUAUAGCUGGUCACGCAAGAGCAUUACUGGAAUGGCAUAAUACAUCUCGUUUUUGUGGAUCUUGUGGAGAAACAUUGGUUCCCGCUGAAGCUGGAAGAAGACGACAAUGUAAAAAAGAUUCUUGCAAUAAAAAAAUUUACCCUCGAGUUGAUCCGGUUGUAAUUAUGUUGGUGAUCGAUAAAGAGAAUGAUCGAGCAUUGCUUAGUAAACAAUCAAGAUUUGUGCCUAGAAUGUGGAGUUGCCUUGCUGGCUUUCUAGAGCCAGGAGAAAGCUUGGAAGAAGCUGUGAGAAGAGAAACAUGGGAGGAAUCGGGUAUUAAAGUUGGUGAAGUAAUCUAUCAUAGUUCUCAACCAUGGCCAGUUGGACCUAGUAGCAUGCCAUGCCAAUUAAUGAUUGGUUUUUUUGCAUACGCGACAUCACUUGAAAUAAACGUGGACAAGAGUGAAUUAGAAGAUGCGAAAUGGCAUAGUAGAGAAGAAGUGAAGAAAGCUUUAACAUUCACUGAAUAUAAAAAGGCACAAAAAACAUCAGCAUAUAAAGUGGAUCAAAUGUGUAAAGGGGUUGUAAAAGGUCAAAAUGUUGCGUCUGAUUUUAAUGUAGAAAGUGGUGAACUUGCAUCCAUGUUUGUUCCUGGACCUUUUGCAAUUGCGCAUCAUUUAAUUUCUUCGUGGGCCCACCAGGAACAGGUUUGAUCUUUGAAUUCUUCCAAGUGAUGAUGCUGAAAUGGAGUUUGUUUCAGAAAAAGAUCAUUACUUUAUGUUGAUUUCUGUUGUAUAUUUAUGUAAGAAUUGGAUUCUUGAUAAAUUAUAGAGAUGUCUUGAUAAUCUUGAAUUUUUGUCUUGAAAACAAGAAAAGGGGAAAUAUUUAUCAUGGGUUAA